GCUCAGGCUGACACACGCAGCGCAACGAGGCCGGAGGCAAGACGCACUGUGAGCUCCCGUGGAUAAUUCGGAACAAACAAACAUGAUUAGUUUCGCCUUCUUCGUGCUGGUCACUACUGCUUCGGUUUACGCCGAGAGCGGCUGCUUGCGGGCGAUAGAGGAGGUGGAGACGAUGAGUGACGAAGGAUGCGUGUACAUGCACAGGGAUGUCAUGAAGGACAUGAGGGAGUACGAGGGCUGUGCGUUGUUCAAACCCCACGCCACCUACGACAAGGAACUGUGCGACCCCAUGGCUAGUGUCGUCUUCCGCUGCGUGGCUCAAAAAAGGGAAUACCUGGCUGAGGACGAAACGUUUGACGUGGUCGCCUUCAAGAGCAACGUGUUGAACAACGAGUGUGACGAAGAGCCUGAGUUUGACGUCGCCAACGAGGAGUGUGUUGGCCUCAUGGACCAUUUCAACGUCGUCCUGUACGGCCGCUGCCUCGACCAGCACUUGAGCUGAGCGACGCUGCGCUCACGACUGCCAGAGCUCCGACUUCUCCUUCUGAUUCUGUACGGACUAAACCUUCAGUAUAUAAUAUCAAUAUCCGCUUA